GAUCAUCGAUGAGCGAUCAGCUGGCUGUCAAAGCAGCGUCAUCCAUAGUAACGAGACUAACGAGUAUUUAUUAGGCAAGGCUAGGCUUAUUUGUCAAAAUAGGAUUAGAAAUGCCCGCUGCUUUUGUAAAAACAUUGCUGUCGCAAGAUGAAGUAGAUGGAGGAGACGGUGAUUGGCCUCAUUUAUGUUUAAAACAAUUUGAUAUCGAUGGUGAUGGGGCCCUGAAUUUUAGUGAAUUUGAAUCUCUUUGUAAUACUUUAUUUGUGAAAGCUGAUGGGAAACCUUACAAUGAUAUUGAGAAGGAUAUUGAGUUUAUCUUUACACAACUUGAUCAAGACAAGGAUGCAAAGUUAAACGAAUCUGAAAUGAAGACCAUUUUCAAUACGUGGUUAAAGCAGGUUCUAAAGCCACGAAGUGCACUUCUUAUUGUGGAUGUCCAAAAUGACUUCAUAACAGGAUCCUUAAAAGUCCAAGAUGCAGAAGAUGUAAUUCCAAUUAUUAAUAGAAUCUUGGAAACAUUCAGGUUUGACACGGUUGGAUACACACGAGAUUGGCAUCCACCCAAUCACAUCUCUUUUGCUGAUAACGUCAAAAAGCACCCAGUUGACCCUAGCAGCCCAAUCUCUGCUGAAGAUGCUAAAUUAUUAGAUACAGUUGUCUUUUCUGGGCCUCCACGAAUGGAACAGAUUCUGUGGCCAACACACUGCGUGCAGGAAACGUUUGGUGCGGCUUUCCAUAAAAACCUUAAGCUUAAUGGACAUACAGACAUGUUUCACAUAAAGAAAGGUAUCCACUGUCAUAUGGAUUCCUAUUCAGCGUUUUGUGAUAAUGCUCACCAGACCAAAUCGGACCUUGCAAACGAACUUGCUAAAAGAGAUAUUACAACGGUGUACAUAUGCGGUUUGGCAAUGGACUUUUGUGUUGGUUAUACUGCACAAGAUGCUAUUGACAUCGGCCUGACAGCAUUCGUUGUGGAAGAUGCUACAAAGCCAGUCGACUUAGAGUCACAGAAGUCCAUGAGGGAAAAGCUAGAUAACUGUAGAUGCCCCUUUAUUAAGAGUAAUGAGCUUUCAGGUCUGCUAUCGAGGACUCAUAUUCCUCCAUCUGUUGGUCUUCACGCUGCUAAAAGACUUUCAUCCACGAUAACCAGUCAUGACCAUCAUCAUCCUUAACCUGCGGAGCAGGCCACCACAAGUCUUCUUCAUAAACCACGAUCUUUGGCAAAUAAUCAGGCUACCUGUUAUACCCACAAUACAGGGAUUAUUUCCAAUAUAGGAAAAUGUAAAUGGUUUAAGUGCAUAAGUGUAUUUUGAAAAUGACUGGUGCAUAGAAAGUGGCUUUUAGUAUUUUGUAAAUAUGAUUAUCAUCAACUGAUAUUACUUUAUUAUUGUUAUUUUACCAUUGCUAUAAUUAUUGUAUUAAUUGAUUAUUAUUUAUUAUAUAAAUAUAUAUAAUAAUAGUAUUAUAUAUAAUUUUUAUUGUAUUACUGUAUUAUUAUAGUAUUCAUGCUUUUUAUCAUAAUUAUUAUUGUUAUUAUUAUUAUUUCAUAAAGUGUUACUAUUUAGAAUCUUGGUUAAGAGGAUCAUUGCUUUUGCUGUAAAUGCUUCAUUUGGUUUUCUGGCAGAUGUAAAUAGUCAUGUGAUUGCUCAAAAGAAUGAUCACAUGACACCAGAUCACUAAAGAUAGUUGACAGGUUUGAAGCUGUUGUGUUAACAGUGAGGUCAAUGAUAUACUUGAACCAAAAUUCUGGGAGAGUGCUUUUGAUUUACGCGACGAUGUGAUGAUAGAACGGAUUCACUCAUGUGCAACAGUACUGCUUUCUCUAUACAGCAUUCUCCACACAACAUACAUUUUUUGCCAAAUGACAUCCUAGGUUCUAUGCAGUGAGAACUUAAUGUUCUCACAUGCGCCAAUCACUUCUCAGUUUGGUCAUUACGUUUUAUGUUCUACCGCGUUGUGCAAUUGAAAACUCCCAGCUAUGAUGCAAGCAAGUCAAUUAGCAGUCCACAGGCGACUGUUAUUGUGUUUGUGAUCGAUGUGCAAUCAGCUUGGUUAUACCAAUAUUUGCAAUAAUGUUGACCAAAUGGUAGAUUCAGAUUUAGUUGAUGUGGCUACAACAGUUUGGAAAUAGAUAAGUGAGUAGUGCAUAACAUUGAUUGGCAUUGAAAUUUCUAAAAUUUAGUGGCAAAAUUGGGGGCACGUGUCCCCAUGCCCCUCCUGGAUUCGCCCCGAUAGACUGUUGGGGUUAACGCGGUGUGAAAAGAACUGGCAACCCUACCGCACCAUGCUGGGGCUUAGUGUGAUGGGCACCUUUACCUUAAUUUCUAAAUUAGCUUCCACAAUAGUAAAAUGGAACUCCAUACAGUAGGCCUAGUGUAACUUAAGUUUUAGACUUGUAUUAAUAAUGUUUGUCAAUACAACUUAACUGACCAAUUCCAAAAAUACAUGUACGUGUUGUCCAAAACAAACGCACAUGUUCAAUUACGUUUGCUGUUUUUUUUUGCACCCUCUGUCGGGGAGAAAAAAAAAUAAAAAAAUUUAUAUGUAUUUUGUACAUAUUAAUAUACUCUAAAGUCGAUUAAAUAAGCUUUUGAAACCCCUAAAUUGUCAUAUUUUCGUCUGGCUACAUUCCCUGGAUCACUUUCGAAAUGUUUUUAGCGACGCCCGACCACGCCCAUUUUUUUCUCGUCGAGGACGUCAGCCCCCAACCCCAUCGGCGACCUUGGACCCCCAAGGGGAAAUCCUGGUGCCGCCUCUGUUCGCUUAGUUGACGAUAUUUCGUUGAGUAUUAUUUCAUUCGGCUGGUUCGUAAAAUAGACAUUGACGACAGAAAUUAACGUAAACCAGAGUGUUAAUUUGCAAUAAGUUAUCCACGUGACCAAAACAAACAAGGCCGAUUAGUCAG